UGGUUAGUACUUGGAUGGGAGACCGCCUGGGAAUACCAGCAGUCUUCGCUUACGGCCAUACCAACCUGGCUAUUCCCUGAGUUGGUACGAUCCAGGAAGUGUGAGGUGGCAGUUUGGGAGGGAAAGGCUCUCCCCUAUUUUUUGUUUUAUUGUGUUUUCUUUUGAUAAUUACUUAAAGUUUAUAAGUUCAAUUUAUUUAUUUUUUUGUUUAAACCUCAGACAGUUUUACUGUCUGAGGUUUUAUUUUUUUCAAAAUGACGGAUAUUACAGUUACUGAACCGGAACGGAUAUUAGACCAAGAGACUGAGGACAACGACUACACUGAAAGAAACAAAGAAAUGGACAACGGAAAGGUUAAAGAUGACAAAGAAACAUGGGCAAUGGUUGCCACAAGGAGAAAGAAGAAUGGAAUGGAUGCAAGGAGUAGAGGAACAGAAGAGCUAUAUACAAGUCAAGGUAAACAAACAAGAGAUUAUACUGAUGGAAGACGAGAAGCAGUUCAAAGAAAUGAGACAAUGAAAAAGAUAAAAAGCCAAUCGAAAUAUCAGAGAGACUACAAAAAAGAAGCAACGCUAACUAUGACUGUUAAUGAUCCAGAGAAAAUAUCUGUGAUGAUGAUAAUAAAGGCAGUGGAAGAGAAAACUGGAUUUGGAAAGCUGUAUGGACUGAGGAAAAAAAGUAAUUUUGACUAUGAACUAACCAUGGAGAAUGAGAUGGAUUGUGACAAGCUAGUAGAUGGACUACUGAUUGAUGGACAGUUUUGUGAGAUCAAAAAACUAUGCAAAACUGAAAGAAUGGUCUCUUUUUUGCUUUUGCCAAAUUACAUAAAAGAUGAUGAAAUCAUUCAAAAACUGGUGGAUUGGGGAGUAAAUCCUAUUCUCCCUUUAAGAAGGAGAUAUUAUCCUGGCACCACUGUUGCGGAUGGAACAAGGUUUUUAAGAGUAAGAUUCCCACAGGACAUUGUGACUCUGCCAUACAAUGUGAGAUUUGACACAGAGGAGGGACCAAAAUACUUCAGGGUAAUUCAUGACGGCCAGCUAAAGACUUGCAGAAUAUGUGCAAGCACAGAGCAUGAAAAAAAGGACUGUCCUCAAUAUACCUGCAGAGAAUGUCUGGAACAGGGGCAUUUUGCGCGGGACUGCCAAGCCCCACGGUGCAAAAGCUGUGAAAAGACAUGGAUGAGGUGUACAUGUGAAUCUGAAGAGGAGGACAAUGCAGAAAUGGAGAUAGAGGUGCAGGAGCACAUGGAGGAGACAAGCAGAAAUAGAAGGAAAGAUGAAACACAGGAGGUGAAUGGGAUUUCUGAGGAUUUAAGUAAGCAAGGAAAGGAGGACUCCACGAGGAGAGAGGACAACGCAGAUAAAGAAAUUGAAGUGCAUACAAUGGAGACUGAGACACAUCAAACUGUUGCUAAUGAUGGACAAAUGAAAGAAAAUGAAUGUGCAACAACGAGUGAAAUUGCAGCUGGGUGGAAUAAAGAGGAGGUAAGCGAUGAGGAAACUGAUGAAAUUAACCUUGAGCUUGAAAACAGAACAACGGACAUUAUGAACAGAAGACGUAAAUUGAUAACAGUAUCAGAAAUAAAUAUUAAACAAGUAUUAAAGAAACAAAAGUUAAGAAGAGAAGACAGAGCAAGGCUAAAUGAAGAUAAAGUAGAUCUAAAUUCCUAGACAUUAAGAGAGACCAUAUAUAGAUGAUGGGUUG